AUGUCAGAUAUCGACGACCUCACCAGCAAUGUUCUGGGUUUAGGCCCAACUAUCAACGCCCCAGCAGAGUCACUCGCGGCAGGCACCAAACCCAAGAAUCCAGCCGCCAAGAAGCAGGGAAGGACUGUCAAAUUGCGCCUUUCGGUGGCAGCAGAGAAAGCGAACCCCAACGCCGGAACUGAAGAAAAGUCCGAUGACAAGGAGGAAGACGAUGAUCCACAGGUUUUAGAAUGCUUGAGAUCCAUAGAUAAGCAAGGAGACGGGUUAAGCACCAACGCAGAGGCCAGAGCAAAGCUGAUGAAGGAAGCUCUAGAGGCUCAGGUUGCAGGCGAUUCAGUCAAAGCAGACCAAAUCUUGGCAAAGAUCCAACUCAAACUUGCCGCUGGCCCCGCCAUACAGACCGCGAAUGUAAGCACGGCGGCGAAGAGAACUCGAAAAAAACAGGAACCCGGAGACAGGGUGAAGGAGAACGGUUCAGUAUUCUACAAGGCCGAGGUAAACUCCUUCCUCGGACUCGGCCUUCCCCCGUUCUUUGACAAGAACAUGAAAGAGCUGAAAGACAAAUGCAAGGGAUGCCAUACUAACCGCAGCCGGGUUUCGGUCAGCCAGCCACGCAACCAACCUUUGGCCACCCAUUUGCACAGCAACAAGAUUUUCACCAGUUCACGUUCCCGGCUCAAAACCACAUGGGACCCCCCCGGUUUGGCGGCCCAGGCCAGUGGCAACAACAACAACCACCAAGACAACGGGGUAGAGGUCAAAGCGGAUACAGAGGACACGCCCCUGACCCAAACUCCUCUGGCCCCCAGUACGGAUACAUACAGCCAAACCCGGCCAGCGGCGGACAGAUUGUUCUAA